UUUAGGGCGCGUUUGUUGACAACAAACUGAGUUCGGUUUUGAAACCGGGUUUUCAAACCUUCCAUUUGUUUCGUAAAACUGGUUUUGAACUAGAAAAGGUUUGAACCAUUUGUUUUCCUAAAUCGCUAACUGGUUUGCAAAACCGACCAAACUGCCCCCAUAGGCGGUUUGUACGGUUUGAUGUAUCCGAUAUUACGUGCACUUGUGGAAAAAAAUGGCGGACCUCGUGGAUGAAAAUGGAAACAGGGUUAUGGCUAUUGGGCCUCUACACAGUGUCAUCCCGGAACGUUUCCAUCAACACCUCUCAAGAAAAACUCUGAAGAGUUAUUUGGCAUGUGAUGAAAAGUAUAGAGAACAGCUGGAAAGCAGCAUGUACCCAGUCAUUGUCCGGCAAUAUACAAACGCAGUGUUCCAGAGAGUGUUGAACAACCUUAAUGGUCUUGGUAAGGAUGCAGUCGAGGAGAUACAUCCUUGGGUGCUGUGCACCUUGAUUGAUUGGGACGAGUUUGACAAAGUCAUAUGCACUACAAAAAAUCAUACUACAACAAAUCAUACAGAUGACAGAGAUACAGAGUCGGGAACAGGCACACCAUGCGAAAUGCCAGAGAUUAGAUCAACUGGGUAAACAUCUUCCUCUUCAGAUGGUGUAGCACCAACAAGCCAGAAUGGCCAUGAUGGGACUACAGAUGCUGCUGAGCCAGAUGUUGUUGCGGAAAACAUGAAGUCUGAGAAACAAGUUUGGACAAAACCCGCAGUCCUGAAGCUGAUUGCCCUGCAUCAAGACCACGAGGCUGACUUCAGAAAACCUUCACUGAAGAAAAAAACUAUCUGGUCCAUUAUUGCAUCAGAUAUCAACAAAGAAACCAAGUUAAAUGGUACAUAUUCAGCUACUCAGUGCGAGCAGAAAUGGAAAAAUAUUACUAAAGUGUAUAGGGACACAGUUGACCAUAACAUGAAAUCAGGCAAUGAGCGAAAAGAAUGCCCUUACUUCCAUGAACUGCAGGACUUUUACGGGUACAGACCCAAUGUUACUCCAUUGUAUGUAAGCAGCUCCAUCAAGUCACCUCAGACUCAAAGCUCUUCUGUAGAGACAGAAGAUGAGAAAGAUGUAGAAAAACAAACAUCAAAGAAGCCAAAGGUGAAGCAUAACCGCAAGGAUGCAGUUGUUGAAAUGCUACAAGAGAUGCGUGAUGACAUGAAGCAGGAACAAAAACAGUUAAUGGAAGUUUUAACCAAACAGCACGAAGACCGUAUGGCAAAUGAGAAAAGCAAACUAGAACUUUUUGAUAAAUUGGUUAAUGCUAUUUCAAAAUCCAAGUAAGAGUGAACACUUUACAAGGUUUGUUUUUUGACAGAAGUGGAGAGAGACAUGGAAGAUUUGUAGGAGCAAUCUUUGGGUCACUUUUCUAGUGAAUAUUUUCUGUUUCUUCAUGCUCCUCUGUUCAGUGAUACAGAGCUGUCAUGGCCCUCUUGUUUAUGGCAUUUUCUUGCAAUGUUUUGUUGGAAGUUUGAACUUUUACUUUAGAUUUUCAUCCAUGUACAAGGCAGUACACACUUAGAAAUUGAAGUCACAUAUCUGUAAUAUAGAUAUUGUAUUUUGCAUUUUAAUUAUUUUCACACCAGUGAAUAUUAUUUCUUUGUAAUUGUUAAAUAACAAAUGUUUAAACUCACUCUUGGUACAUUUUGUAUGCAAAUUGAAGUCGCAUAUCUGUAAUAUAGAUAUUGUAUUUGCAUUUUAAUUAUUUUCACACCAGUGAAUUUUAUUUCUUUGUAAUUAUUAAAUAACAAAUGUUUAAAACUCACUCUUGGUACAUUUUGUAUGCACAGCUGGUUUUGGUAAAUUUUAAUGGUGGCCAUGUAUAAGAAGCAUCGUCAGUUUAAUUUUAACCUUACACAUGUCUAUGUGUUGAUCUUGAUUAAAGCUAAUUGAUGAUAAACAGAACACAUUAUGUUAAACCAUUUUAUAUUUUUUGAAGUUUUUCAUUGAUAUGUUGUGUUCUGCUUUUGGAUGGGAUAAUGGCUGUUUUAAAAAACUUGAAAUUCAUUGUAGAACUAAAGACUGAUUAAAACUCGGUAUGUUUCUGAAAUUUCACCCAAGGAAAUCAUUGUUCAUGUUUUUAUGCCCCCCGAAGGGGUGGCAUCUUAAAAUUGGACCGUCCGUGUGUGUGUCUGUGUGUGUGUGUGUCUGUCCGGGCAACAACAUUCUUGUCCGGUCCGUAACUUUGUCAUUUCUGUUUAGAUUUCAAUAUAACUUGGCAGAAGUGUUCACCAUAAAUGGGCGAUGUGCAGAGCGCAAGACCCAGGUCCGUACCUUCAAGGUCAAGGUCACACUUGGAGUUCAAAGUUCAAAUAUGCAUAUUUUUUCUCUUGUCCGGUCCAUAACUUGUCAUUUAUGUGUGGAUUUCAAUAUAACUUGGCAGAAGUAUUCAUUAUAAAUGGGCGAUGUGCAGAGCGCAAGACCCAGGUCCGUACCUUCAAGGUCAAGGUCACACUUGGAGUUCAAAGUUCAAAUAUGCAUAUUUUUUCUUUUGUCCUGUCCAUAACGUUGUCAUUUAUGUGUGGUGGAUUACUGGUGGAUUUUUAAAUUGAUUUGUAGAAGAUGGCGUGCAGAGCACACAUGACCCAGGUCCGUACCUCCAAGGUCAAGGUCACACUUCAAGGCCAAUGGUCAAUUUCGUGGGGCAUACGUCACUUUCUGUGACAUUUCUUGUUUGUCAUUCAUUUGUACCUGUUAUAAUUGUUUUUGGUUAACUGUUUAAUAAAAUGAGAAAUAAGA